GAAUGUAUGACUGUAUGUAUGACUGUAUGUAUGAAUGUGUGAUAAUAUAUGAAAUGUUUGCCAUUUUGUUGUAUUAAUACAUGUUUUAUACGUUGAGUAAGACUUAGUGAGUGAUAGUUUUGAAUUGAAUUUUGUUAACAAUUAAUUAAUUUGUAAUACAAUUGAUGAACAAUACUAUGAGUUAUCGACAAAAUGGUUCACAAGUGGGUAUCGAUCAGCAGUUUGCUGGUCUCGACCUAAACUCUGGAGACACUUCAGGCAAAUACAUUCCGCCACAUCUGCGAAACAUUCGUAACAAUUCAUACCAAACUACUGAUCAUCAAAGAGACGAUUAUCAGUCACAACAGGAACAACAACAACAACAACAAUCACGAAAUUCAUAUCGUGGCCGAAACAGUGGAAACCGUGGUUCGCGUUACAAUUCAUCUGCAAAUAGUGGUUACGAUAGAGGAAACAAUCAGUUCUCAAGUUCUGGUGGUUAUAGAGAGGAUCGUUCUGUUAAUUAUCAAAGAACAGGCAAAACUAGUACUGAAUCGAGCCGUGGCUUUGGUCCCAACUCUGACUGUAAUUGGAGAGAUCCGGACGCACCCAAAGUUGAUUCGGAGCGCUCUGACAAUUACAGGCCAUCCCGUAAUCGAUUUGAUAACGACCGGUAUUAUGACGAUUGGAGUAUUCCUCUGGAUAGGAACGAAGCGCAAGAGCGCCAUCUGUUCUCGACCGGACACACAGGCAUUAACUUUGAUAAAUACGAAGACAUUCCGGUCGAAGCCACAGGACAUAACAGUCCCCUUCAUAUCGAUUCAUUUGAUGAUUCAAAUUUAAGACUUACCUCUAUUAUUGAACAAAAUGUCAAAUUGGCUAAAUAUACGACACCAACACCGGUACAAAAGUAUGCCAUACCUAUCAUAUUAGCAAAACGUGAUUUGAUGGCCUGCGCACAGACUGGCUCAGGAAAGACGGCUGCUUUUCUCUUACCAAUUCUCAACCAAAUCUUUGAGAACGGGCGCCCUAAGAGUUUUCCAUCUGUACGUCCCGGAGCCAAAGUAAAACAAUACCCGUUAGCUCUCAUACUAUCGCCUACAAGAGAAUUGGCUCUUCAAAUAUAUGAAGAGGCCUGUAAGUUUGCUUACAGGUCUAGAGUUAGACCAUGUGUUGUUUAUGGCGGUGCAGAUCCUGUACAACAAAUGAAAGAUUUAGACAGAGGAUGUCAAUUGCUUGUUGCCACACCAGGUCGUUUAGUUGAUAUGACAGAGAGAGGUAAAAUAAGUCUGGAAAUGGUUAGAUACCUGGUGUUGGAUGAGGCCGAUCGUAUGUUGGAUAUGGGAUUUGAACCACAAAUACGCAGAAUAGUAUUGGAAGACAAUAUGCCGCCCACUGGAGUUCGGCAGACACUUAUGUUUUCGGCAACUUUUCCUAAAAAAGUUCAAGAGUUAGCCCGAAAUUUUUUGGAUAAUUAUAUAUUUUUAGCCGUUGGAAGAGUCGGAAGUACUUCAGAAAAUAUUACACAAAAGAUUGUUUGGGUCGAAGAAAAUGACAAAAAGUCAUUCUUAUUAGAUUUGUUGAAUGCCGCCGGACUUAAGGCAAACAAUCCACCUCCCGAUUCAUUAACAUUGGUAUUUGUUGAGACUAAGAAAGGCGCCGAUUCUUUAGAGACAUUUCUCGAACGGGAUGGUUAUCCCGUGACUAGUAUUCAUGGCGAUCGUUCUCAACGAGAACGUGAAGAUGCUCUCAAUUCUUUCCGAUCGGGUCGCGCACCAAUUCUUGUGGCUACUGCUGUAGCAGCUCGUGGUCUUGAUAUUCCUAAUGUCAAACAUGUCAUCAAUUUUGAUUUACCGACUGAUAUUGAAGAGUAUGUCCAUAGAAUUGGCAGAACUGGUAGAGUUGGCAAUUUAGGAUUAGCCACUUCUUUCUUUAAUGAUAAGAAUAAGAACAUGGCUAUAGAUCUGUGCGAAUUGGUUAGUGAAACCAAACAAGAGGUACCACAUUGGCUUCAAGCCGUUAGUAAAGAAGUUCAAAGUGAACAGCGCUCUAACAAUCAACGCAAAUAUGGAAAUACAACAAAAAGCAGAUACGGUUCCGGAGGGUUUGGUUCACGUGAUUAUCGACAGUUCAACGAUCGAUCGAAUAAUCAACGAAACCCUUCAAACAUGAGACCACCAAAUGGUCCAAACUAUGGAAAUUCGGGACAAAAUGAUUCGCGAUAUAACUACGGGAAUUCAGGUAUGAAUAUGGCCCGCAAUGGAUCAUAUGGUGGAAAUUAUAGUUCAAGUUCUGCUGCUCCUGACUGGUGGGGCAACUGAUCCAUAUGUCAUCAUUAGUUAAGACAGUCAUUCUAAAGAUAAUUGAUUUAAAUUGGAGUUGAGGUCACAUUAAUAUUAUUUAAAAGUCGACUCAUUCCAUAUUGAAUCUCAAAUUAAUUUAUAUUGAUUUUACGCUAAUUGUAUUUUUAACCAAUGACUGUCUCAGUGAUUAUUAUAAUAUAAAUAUG